AUGGAUUUGGACAUGCGAAGAGUCUCACAAUUAUUCAAGUACCAGUCCAGGUAUGCAAUUUAUGAUGGCCAAUAUUCCCAACAACAUAUCAACUACGAGCCACUUAGUCGACCCCCAACUCGUUUCAUUGAUGUAAGGGGUGGAAUUGGAGACAACAUACGCCUCAUCCAUGGAAAGGAUAUGCAGUCUCCGAUUUUCUUCGCUCUAAGUCAUCGUUGGGGUGAUAAGCAUGAACAUCAAUUCGGCUGCACGCUGCCAAGCAAUGUAAAACAUCGGUUCAAUGGAAUCAAUCUAGGCGAACUUCCAGGGAACUUCCAAGAAGCCAUCGAGAUAGCCAAAGCAAUGGGCGUACGAUACCUGUGGAUUGAUUUACUGUGCAUAGUUCAAAUGGACAGCGACGACUGGAAACGGGAAGCUGUGCGAAUGGAGCAGAUGUAUAGCAAUGCCUCCUGCGUCCUCGCCGCUUCCUCCUCGAAUUCUUCAAUUGAGGGGUUCCUCAAAAACUCGCGUGAGAAGCGGCCCUAUGUCUCAGUCAAGUCUCCAAGGCGUAAAAUAGUCUAUGUUUGCAAAGACAAAGAUGACUUCCACACAGAUGUGGAACGCUCGAUUCUCAACUCAAGAGGCUGGGUCCUCCAAGAGAGAGCGCUCGCUCGGCGGAUAAUUCAUUUUACGAAAAACCAAGCAUAUUUUGAAUGUGGAAACGGAAUACACUGCGAGAGCUUGAUAAAAGGUAACAAUGGCAAGGCGACGUUACUCGGCGACUCUAAUUUCCCGAGAUCGGCCGAAUCAUUCAACAAGACGGUGAAGAUCGUUAUCAUGCAAAACUUGUAUAAGCAAUAUUCAACACUAAGAUUCAAGUUUUCCCAAGAUCACUCUGUUGGUAUUUCUGGGUUGGAAAGGCGGCUCACAUCCGCAUACGAUACACGCGGGGGAUAUGGUAUCCUCGAAGCAUACUUGGAACGCAGAUUACUCUGGAAAAGAGAUGAGGCAAAAUACCUAGAGCGGAUUCAGUUUCCAUCAGGGAGAAGCCUGUCCUCGUGGUCGUGGAUGGCCUACAGCGGGACCAUCACGUACGUUGAGGUCGGGUUCAACGAGGUCGACUGGACCAAUGAAUACAUCUCGCCUUUUGCAUCGCUCACUCAAAGUAGCAACAAGCGAUAUUGGGAAGCAACUAGUGAAACCAGAAUGCCAGCGCUUGAAGUCAGCAAAGUGAGACCAUUGACGACCAGGUCCAGCCUCGACCAGGUGCUAGCUAAUAUUAGUUUCGAUGUCGCAGGGGUAGGAUGCGCAUUACAGGAUUUGCGUUGCGUUGUCUUGGGUAAACGCAAGAAGACAAUGGGGAUCACCUUUUGCCUUGCUACGUGUUGA